CGCGGUUUGUGAGUCCAAGUACAAGAGUUUACUGGCCGGUUUUCAGUCAAUGUUCUCCUGAUUGAUUGUUCGAUGUUUAGUUAAACAGGUACUAGAUAAAUACCAGCAUGGUGCAGGAGUUUCACGUGUUGAGGUGCUUCUCUUGCCAAACCUUUCAAGUACAGCAGGUCAAAAAGAGCCAAAAAUGGAGUUGCAAGAUGUGUGGGGAAAAGCAGUCUCUCAUAAAGGAAUAUGGCAGAGGAACGGGUGCAGAUUGCAGGCGCCAUGUGCAGAAGUUGAAUUCGCUGCGUGGAGAGCUGCUAGAGGUAGAAAAUGAAAGAGCCUGGACUCAGUGGGAGAAGGAGGAUCAUGAAGAUGAGGACAGCAUUGGUGAUGAAGCUCAAAGCUGUGAGCAACAGGAUGAAGUGCAAGUUGUAAGCCGCUGGAGUAAAUAUGUGGAUCAGACAGGCAGCGGGCCAGAAAAGGAUGAGGAGGAGGAGGAAGACGUUUACACCGAGAGAUCGAGGUUCAGGAGUCAUGAUAAAAUCAGCAGAAAGAGGAAGAAAGGCUUCUCUUCAAAAGAUGCUUCUGGGCAUUACGCAGUUUCUGAGGAUGAUGACCCUGGUACUGACCCUGCUCACCAGAUGGCCAAGGGAAUACCAUUUCAGGCACAUCAACAUAGUGGCUCAUUCAGGUCACCACCUCUAGUUGGACAUUCCUCCCGACGGUGGUCUCCAUUCACUAGCACAAACUCCAAAACGGCAGCUUCAUAUAUUUGUGAUUCUCCUGCUGCAUCACUGAGCUGUAAACACACUGGAGUGUACAGUGGCUUAAACGGUACUGGAGGAUUUGGCAUUGGAGCAAAUGAGAAACCUUCUGCUGAGUUAGCCACCAAGCAUCCUCCUUCAGUGCCUGCAAGUACUUCCUCUCAUCAGAGGACCAGUAGAACUAAGCUGGAAGCUGAAAGCUCCAAAUGGACUAGGUUCCUUACUUCUACAUCUGCCAAGGAGGAGCUAGAAGAUGAUGAUUAUGCUCAAAUGAGUUCUGGAGUAACUGAUACUGAAGUAGCCCACUUGCCAUCUGCCCCGAUUCCCGUACCCACACCCAGAAGCACAGGACAUCCAAGCAGAGAAGAAAGUGCUUGUGCAAGAGCUCCACUGGAUGAUGUGCCUGGCCUAGGCAACAGCAGCACUACAAGAGUUUUCGAGAAACUAAGACACUACAACGCUUCAACCUUUACAUCAAAAUCUGCAGGCUCUCAGAGCCCUGUGUGUCUUCAGCUCCCACCUAUCAAAAGACCGUGUCCUGCCCUCUCUUUUAGCACAUUGUUCCAUACAGAUGAGGACUUUGAUGAUGCACUUUAAUCUGGUACCAUUUACUCAGAGGCCUUUGAAGUACCUGCGACGUACCCACUAUAAAUGUUGAUGAAAUAUUAUUAAUAAUCAACUGUGUUUUCAGAAAGUUUUAAACUGAAUAUAAACUUUUGUACACCAAUCAGGCAUAUCAUUAUGAGCACCUCUGUUUUUCUCCACUCACUGUCCAUCUUAUCAGCUCCACUUACUGCAUAGCUGGUCUUUGUAGUUC